AAAGUUUCUGGUUUGGAUAAAAUUUUUCAAGGGUUCUUUGAGAACCACUGCUUCGCAUUUUAUGCGUAAUGAGAUGCGCGUAAAAGUGGGUAGCGGAUGCUUAUACGUGCACGUAUUAGUGAUUUCUACAUACUACAUUUAUUAUUAAGGACUACAUAACGGCGUUAAAACGCAAACGGAAAGAAAUAUGAUGAUUACAUUCUGAUAAAACAGAACGGGCAGUUUAUAAAGGAUAGAAAAAUCAUGACGUGGCGUAGAAAACGGUCACCUAACCACAGUCAGCUUUCGGUCAAACGGACGCAUUUCGUCGCAGAACAAAGAGAACAGUUAACAAACACUCUGUCAUCGCAAUGUGACAUUUGGUGAAUGUUAAUAAAUUAAUGUUAUUAGGAAUAAGUGAAAGUGUUUAAUUAAAUUAUGUUCUACUUAGUAAAUUUAUGACACUUUAUAUAAUAUAAGAGAAAUUUAAUUAUGAAUUCAACAGUCCUUGAUAUAUUUACCAAUUGAUAUUUGUUUAGAUCUGUUUGUAAAAUGACAAUGAUAAAUUAAAUUUUAGUAAUAAACAUAAAUUGUUACGAAAGUUGUAAAUAAUAUUUAAAAAAUAUAUUCUUAAAAAUAUACAUAAAUACUCUGCUAAUAAUUGACUAUAUUUUGGACAUAAAUAAGAUGGCUUUUCAAACAAAAUCAAAUAAGGUUUUACUAAUUACUGCAUUUUUUCUAUACACAAUAAUAAAACCCAUAACUGCACAUGGUAUUUCAUGUUUCAAAUGUUUACCAUCACAACCAGGAAAUGAAGAAACUGAUUUAUUAUGUUCACAAUUUGAUGGAAGUUCUAGAUUUCAAGUUUACUGUCCAUCAUCAACACUUUGUAAGAAGAAAACUAUUUACUAUAAAUUUAAAUCAUCUGUAAUAACAACUGUAGAAAGGGAUUGUGCACUUCAAAAAAGCACAGUUCCCAUUUACAAUGAUGUAGAUAAUAAUUGGAAUGAUAACGAAGAAAUUGUGAAAUCAGCUUAUGAAGAAGGUUGUUUUAUUGGUGAAGAUAGAGGAGCCCCAGUAGGUCCACCAGAGUAUUGUUUUUGUAGUUUCCAUUUAUGCAAUUCAUCAGAAUCAAUGAAAACUAUGAAUAUAUAUCAUAUUGCUUUGCUCACAGUAACAUUAUUAUUUACAAAAUCGUUAUGAAUUUUUCUGUUUAUGUACUUACUAGGAUAAAAAAGAAAACAUUGAAAUAUAUGUAUGUUUAAAAAGUUUUUAAAAAGUAA